AUGCUGUACAACAGUUUCACACCAGAUGUUCAUAGCGGUCCCGUACCAAAAAUAUGGAACCUGAUAAAUCCAGUGAAGAGCAAGCCGUGGGAAUCGCUCAUUGGUAGUGUAAUCCCGCUGCUGGCACUGCUUACAUCAACGGGAAUCCUGUGUGGUUGUGGCCUUCGCUUCCAGUCCAUCGUCGUCGCCUCCUACUUUCUUGUUCUUUCUGUGGGUGUCGAUGACGUAUUCAUCAUUUUGCGUGCCUGGGAUCGCACAAAUAUGGGAGCGCCUAUCCCGGAGCGCCUUUCUAAAACACUAGAAGAUGCUGGGCCGUCUAUCACAAUUAGGUGUGCUUCUGAACUAAUCAUAUGCAUAAAUACGGCUACUGAAAGCUGGUGUUGA